ACUAUAGUAUUUUUUUCAUGUGGGAGCCUACUGAACAUUGUUUUCUUUCCUCCCAGAAUUUGUUAUGUCAGCUUGCUACAGAAGAAGAGGACAGUGCAACAUAUGUGUUACUGAAACAUAUGGGCCUGCCACCAAAGGAAUACAAUUUAAAGGUUCUAAGAAAGGUAUGAAUGCUUGUUGAUGUUCUUGCACAUCUAAUGAAGGAUCUUAUUUAAAAGGUCAUAAAUUCCAUAACAUGUAUUUACAUGACUGUGUUGUGUGUGUAAGUGUGUACUGUAACUUGUCCUUCUGGCUGGUCAGAUGGUGUGGUUGCUAGUGGAGGAGGUUGGGGAGAGCUGCAGCAGUUUGGCUGACCCUAACCAGAGGUACUGUAUCUGUUCCUCUUACUCUCCACCACCUGCACUGUCCCAACUCUAGCUCUGUUCUGUUCCCCUGAUGUGACGUCAUUUCCCCAAGGUGUUCGUGUGACAGUGUUCUUGCUGCAUCAGUGGCAUGUGUCCCCCUGGUCACAUGUCCUGAGACUGCUCCUCUCAUUGGUGCGUUGCUGCAGCGGCCGGUGACCUGCGAUAAGGCAGCCCUCAGCCAGGACUUCCUUGAUGCUGUAAGCUGCGCCUACUCCAGGUAAGGACAUAGGGUGUGAAAACAUCCUCCAGUGGCUUACCCCCUCAGUGUUUGGAGCUCUGAACGAACCAGAGAGCUGUAAGUGUAGAAAACAAUAUUGCUAGUGAACACAAACCCAUCAUGCAGUAGUCUCUCUAGACAGACUGGUUGCUUCCAGCAAUAUACCAAUGCUCCAGCUUACACGUCUGUAGAAGUUCCGGCGUCAGUUGGGACAGAAAGCGCGUCACCGGUAACGUCACUGCCGAAUGCGCUUGUUUCCCUAGCUAAACAUGAGCACAAUUCCCGCCCGCAUUUUAAGCCCUGCCUACCCAAACUUGUUGGGAGAGUUCUGUCUGAAGAGGAACCUCCUGGGAACAAAUGUUUUCCCCGUUCAAAAUGUCAGAGAGAAGCCGACAUUCUCCCCAGACCUUGUGCCGUUGCCUAGCUUCCGUUGCUCCAAGGUCUGGGAUAUCCGAGACUAAUCAUGCAGUGAUGUCACACUCCCUGAGGCCUGAAGGAGUGUCACCAACGGGCCAACCACACUGCUUCAUUCAGUACAUCUUGUUGACUGACAUCUGACUGACCUUCAGUGUGAAUGUGUGUGUGCAUGUGUGCGUGUGUUGCAGAAAGUGUGUGUCUCUGGAGGCCCAGGCGGUGGUGUCUCUGUGGUGCCAUAGCCUGGCCAGCCUAGAGGGGGCAGUGAUGUCUCUACUGGACUCUGUGCUCUCCAACCCAGCCUCCAUACCGCACAACCUAGAGCACACCAUCACUCACUCACUACUGGUACGUAUUUUGGAGUAGGCAGAUUUACCUCUAACCACUGAUACAGGGUCAGAUAUGUCCCCCCCCCCCCCCCAAUGGUAAGUAGAGGAUUAGGGUUAGAGUAAUAUGAUCCUAGAUCUGUGGCACAGGAGGUUGGUGGCAUCUUAAUUGAGGAGAACGGGCUCGUGGUAAUGGCUGGAGUGGAAUGGUAUCAAAUAUAUCAAACACAUGGUUCGAGAUGGAGAGUGAUUGGGGCCCUACAGUGUACACGCAGGAAAGCACAGCAUCUACAGUAUAGGUGUACUUUGAUCCUGCAGCUUUCUCCAUCUCCCCCUUCUCAUAUUGAGUUCAUCUAAGCUGCUUAUCAGGUAUGUUGGAAAGAGGGGACUUCUGUGAACAUUUCUGUCUGUCUGCGCUGUGUGUGUGUUUAUUUACAUGAACUUCUCCUUCAUCCAUCCCUCUCUCCAUCUCUCUCUCCAUCCUGCCUCGAUCUGUUUAUUUACCCUACCUCAUCCAUCUGCUGAUUGGCCUGUCAUUAUCACGAUGUUGUUUUACACACACACGUCUUCAGCUUUGUUUGUUUGAGUGCAUCUGGUUGGCUGCGUCUGUCCUAACUCGUUAACAGCGAGGGAAGCUUAGGUUGGGUUUCACUUAGCCUUUGUGUUUGUUUGGAUCAUGGAGACGUGUAUGUGUGUAGAGGUUGUGUGUGUGUUUCCGUGUGGUGUGUGUGUCCCCUGUGUGUGUGUGUGUGUGUGUGUGUGUGUGUUUCCGUGUGGUGUGUGUGUGUGUUUCCGUGUGGUGUGUGCCCGUGUGUCCCCGUGCGCCCACGUGUGUUUGUACGUGUGUGUGUGUGUGUUUCCAUGUGGUGUGUGUGUCCCCUGUGUGUGUGUGUGUGUGACAGGCGUAGGAGCUGACUGGCUCGCUUCUCUCCCUCAGUUGUUUAAACUGCAAUCAAAAAUGGGAAAUUAAAAUUAGUAUCACAUUCCUGUUUUGAGCUCUUUCUCCUUCAAUAACAAUACACAAGGCCUUCCUGGGCCCGGCUGGGCUGCCAACAACAGGAUGUUUGGUGCGUGCUGUAAUUGAUAGUCCUUAAAGUGUUAGUGGAAGGUAUGGAGGAGGAGGACGCUAAAAAUCCAUCUGUUUUCACUAGGGGAAACCAUCAUCCCUCAAUCACACACACAUGCACACACACUCACUCACACACACCUUUUAUAUGGCUCCAGGAUUGUCGUAUUUGAUCUCUCAUUUGUUAAACUGAGCAGAGAAGAGGCAACGUACUACAUGAGAAAUAUGUAUCAUGAUUGAUUAUGGGAGUCCGAGGAUGGGAAGAAGUCCAGUGUAGGGAUUAGGUCUGGGGUAGGAUGAUCCAAUGACACAAGAUGAACACUAGAGGGGGCUAGUUACUUUUACAAAUAACACCUCCCAUUCAGUAUCUGCUACAAGUUAGACCCAGUUCUAGUAUCAGCUCAUCCUCUCUAAAUCUUCCUCAACCAUUGGUGGAAUGGGAGGUAAAACUGUCCGUAGAUCAGUGGCUAGGGCAGUGUCACACUACUCCUGCCUCUCUGCUUCCAGGGUUGGAGCAGAGCAUCAAUUAGGCUGUCUAGCAUUGGUCUCUCCUACCUUUUACUGGAGCAGUGAAGUGGCAGCUUUAGGUUAUGUCCCAAAUGGCACCCUAUUCCCUAUGUAGUGCACUGCUUUUGACCAGAGGCCGGGGGGGGGGGGGGGGGGGGGGGGGUAGUUCUGGAGGUAGUUUGGAAUUUUCCACAGAUUAUCUCUCUCUCCUCUCUCUCUCUCUUUCUUUCUCCCUCCUUCCCUCUCUCUCUCAUAGGAUAAGAGUCCAGGAGACAUGUGGUCUUCCUAUAUGAAGGGUUAUUGCUAUGAGAGGAACUGAAGGGGCAUAUUUUUACUGCCUUCUAGCCCAUAUGAGAGAUGAGAAGAGAGAGGGAGGGAGCAUAAUUAAGGUUGUUUUGGGGGUAAAAGAUGUAUGGAAGGGACGUGGGGAGAGAGAGAGAGGCAUGCAUGUACAGUGCAGCUGUUGAAUGUUUUCGCAGGGGCGUUUAAAAAACGUGUUCAAUCUAAAACACAUGAUCGCGCGCUGCAUUAGGAGAUUGGGAUGGAGAGAGGGAGAGAAAAGAGAGCGAGAGAGUAGUAGAAUGUUAAGGAACAGCGUGUGAAAAUGGGGAAGUGUCAUUUUGAUGAGGGCAUUUUGUAGACUAUGCAACAGUGACACCAAGUGGUGGAUGAGAAGAAUUGAUCCAUAAAGGCGACUCCUGAUAUGUAACCAUGUUUGUGUUUGUAUGUGUUUCAGCCUAAAGCCUGCUCCCAGCACGGCUCCAUAUUCUUAAUAGUGAACGACAUCUUCAGGUGAGCCAUUGGGACGGUUCAUUCACACAAGUGAAUAAAGUAGAUAUACAAUAUUCCUACUGUAAACAAUUUGAUUACUCACUGAUGUGUAUAUGUACCGGUAUCUUGUUUAUCAAGUGAGUGGUGUGUGUGUGUUUUUCCCCUGGUAAAGGCUCGUUGUCCUGCUCUGCUCUGUGUAGGUCCAUGCUGGUGCAGGUGGAGGGGAACCAGACUGUGCUCUCUCUCAUCCACACCUUCACUCUCUGCUUCCUCAUGGAACUGGCAGCCAUGCAGCCUCAAGUAUGGAGGCUCCUAAACAUAUAAAUAUAAUUAAUAGAAUGGCCUUGGAACCUCUAGGCAAUUUGACUGGUAAAGUCAUGUGUGCACUCAAAAUAGACGCCAGUCCACCCAUUAUGGCAUCAUUGACUUGAAUAGGGCUACCCAUUCUAGUGAUUCUGUUUCUGUGGUCCUAAAGACAGCUACAGGUUAGCUGGUGGUCAUAAGCAGGCACAACAGUCAUAGGUAGCCUAGACUACAACCACGACUAUAGGGUGUGUUACCUCACCUCUCAAUAACGCAUCAAUCUACAUACCACCCCAUACUGUACCACCCAACACACACACACACACACUCUCACCCUUAUCCCUUAGCUUCUACACAUCAUGAGCUAGAGCUCACCCCUAUUUGAACUGUACAGGCAGCAACACCUUCAGGCCCAGCUAUAGGGGACCUCCAUCCAUACGAUCUACAGUGUAGUCAGUUCUCUAGGACACACACUUUAUUCUCAUCUUCUAUUCUAGCAGUGGAAAAGCCUUGAUGUUUUUCAAAACGUUCAUUUGACAGUCUUUAUGUUGGUGUUUACAGGUGGGAUUUAUAGAUGUAUUGCAUUGUUUUUUUUACUAACUCCACUGGAGGGCACUGACAAUAUUCUGCAUUAUAUUAUAUUAUAGGUUAACUUUGUCUGUUGCCUCUUACCUGUGUGUGCGUGCAUCUCGUUUCAGGAGUGUGUGUCCUUGAAGGCCUUCUUCCCACACACACCCCAGAGCUUACUGGCCCCUCUGCUGACCCAUCCUUCAGGUAGUGUGUGUGUGUGCUCUCUAAUGGGUAAAUAACCUUACCCUCUGAGUGAAUGAAUGGCUUUCUGUGUCUCACCAAUCAAUGACUGUUACUUAUAACUACAUUAAAAUCAAUAUGUGAUUAAUAUUUUACUCAUUUAGCAGAGGCUCUUAUCCAGAGCGACUUACAGGAGCAAUUCGGGUUAAGUGCCUUGCUCAAAGGCAUAUUGGCAGAUUUUUCACUUUGUCCGUUGGGGAUUCAAACCAGCGACCUUUCGGUUACUGGCCCAACGCUCUUAACCGCUAGGCUACCUAAUAUGGUACGUUGAGAAAGGUAAAGUAGUUACUAAUUUUAAUUAUUCCUCUCUAUCAUCAAUACUCACAAGAUCAUAUCAGUAACUGAGCUAUAUCCUUGGUUACCCUUUACUCAAUAUAUCACAGUAAUGUUUAAAGUUAUCAAGAUCAAUCUCUACUGUGCUUGGAUAUUAGUCUAUUUGUGUAGGGGAAUGUUUCAUCACAGAAUGAUAACGGUAUCCAAAACUGCCAGAGUAAUCUAGGGCUAGGCUAUACCUGUAUACCUCUAUGGGUAUGUUGAGUGUUCUAGGGUGGCAGGUAGCCUAGCGGUUAGAGCUUUGGGCCAGUAACCGAAAUGUCUCUGGUUCGAAUACCCGAUCUGACAAGGUGAAAAAUCUGUUGAUGUGCCCUAAAGCAAGGCACUUAACACAAAUUUGCUCCAGGUUUGCUCCAGGGGCGCCGUACUACUAUGGCUAACCCUGUAAAACAACUCAUUUCACUGCACCUAUCUUUUUUUUCUGAAGUAUGUUUAAAUGUGUGGCCAAACUCAAGUAACCUGGAGGCAUGGCUUAUAGACAUCUAGCAUGGCCGUCUAGGAACAUGCUGGCUACCAGCCAACACUCAAAGUUAAUCAUUACACACUGUGUGUGUGUGCGUGCCUGCCUGCUUGUGUGAGUGAUUGAGUAUUUGCGUGCGACCAAUUGACACCAAUGCAUGGUUUGAGUUAUGCAUCCCUCUCUCAUCUCCUUUCCCCCCAGAUAUGGCCCAGGAGGCGUGGCCAGAACACCUGGCCUGGGUCACUGCAUCAUUACAGAGACUCACUGAGGAAGAGGAGGAAGAGGAAGGCAACAGGUGAGAGGGGAAUACCGUGGGCUUAUCAUUAGUCAGGCACAGAGUGCUGAAGUUGGUUCAGUCAGUCAAGCAGUAAAUAUGAACAAGUACAGUUGAAGUCGGAAGUUUACAUACACCUUAGCCAAAUACAUUUAAACUCAGUUUUUCACAAUUCCUGACAUUUAAUCCUAGUAAAAAUUCCCUGUUUUAGGUCAGUUAGGAUCACAACUUUAUUUUAAGAAUGUGAAAUGUCAGGAAAGUAUGAAAAAUGUAUGCACUCACUAACAGUAAGUCGCUCUGGAUAGCGUCUGCUAAAUGACUAAAAUGUCAAAUGUAAAUGUCAGAAUAAUAGUAGAGAGAAUUAUUUAUUUCAGCUUUUCUUUAUUUCCUCACAUUCCCAGUGGGUCAGAAGUUUACAUACACUCAAUUAGUAUUUGGUAGCAUUGCCUUUAAAUUGUUUAACUUGGGUCAAACGUUUCGGGUAGCCUUCCACAAGCUUCCCACAAUAAGUUGGGUGAAUUUUGGCCCAUUCCUCCUGACAGAUCUGGUGUAACUGAGUCAGGUUUGUAGGCCUCCUUGCUCGCACACGCUUUUUCAGUUCUGCCCAUAUAUUUUCUAUAGGAUUGAGGUCAGGGCUUUGUGAUGGCCACUCCAAUACCUUGACUUUGUUGUCCUUAAGCCAUUUUACCACAACUUUGGAAGUAUGCUUGGGGUCAUUGUCCAUUUGGAAGACACAUUUGCGACCAAGCUUUAACUUCCUGACUGAUGUCUUGAGAUGUUGCUUCAAUUUAUCCACAUAAUUGUCCUUCCUCAUGAUGCCAUCUAUUUUGUGAAGUGCACCAGUCCCUCCUGCAGCAAAGCACCCCCACAGCAUGAUGCUGCCACCCCCAUGCUUCAUGGUUGGGAUGGUGUUGUUCGGCUUGCAAACAACCCCCUUUUUCCUCCAAACAUAACAAUGGUAAUUAUGGCCAAACAGUUCUAUUUUUGUUUCAUCAGACCAGAGGACAUUUCUCCAAAAAGUACGAUCUUUGUCCCCAUGUGCAGUUGCAAACCGUAGUCUGGCUUUUUUAUGGUGGUUUUGGAGCAGUGGCUUCUUCCUUGCUGAGCGGCCUUUCAGGUUAUGUCAAUAUAGGACUCGUUUUACUGUGGAUAUAGAUACUUUUGUACCUGUUUCCUCCAGCAUCUUCACAAGGUCCUUUGCUGUUGUUCUGGGAUUGAUUUGCACUUUUCGCACCAAAGUACGUUCAUCUCUAGGAGACAGAACGCAUCUCCUUCCUGAGCGGUACGAUGGCUGCAUGGUCCCAUGGUGUUUAUACUUGCGUACUAUUGUUUGUACAGAUGAACGUGGUACCUUGGAAAUUGCUCCCAAGGAUGAACCAGACUUGUGGAGGUCUACAAAAAAAUUAGCUGAUUUCUUUUGAUUUUCCCAUGAUGUCAAGCAAGGAGGCACUGAGUUUGAAGGUAGGCCUUGAAAUACAUCCACAGGUACACCUCUAAUUGACUCAAAUGAUGUCAAUUAACCUAUCAGAAGCUUCUAAAGACAUGACAUUAUUUUCUGUAAUUUUCCAAGCUGUUUAAAGGCACAGUCAACUUGUAUGUAAACUUCGGACCCACUGGAAUUGUGAUACAGUGAAUAAUAAGUGAAAUAAUCUGUCUGUAAACAAUUGUUGGAAAAAUUACUUGUGUCAUGCACAAAGUAGAUGUCCUAACCGACUGAGGGGGAAGAUUGCAGUGAGUGAGAGAGAGAGUGGUAGAAAUCAAUAGCAGAGAGAAGGGAAGAAUGUGUGAGAGAAAGAGAAUAGUAGCCCAAGGAUUGAUGGAAAGCAGUAGCAGAGAGAGAAAGGGAGCACUGAGAACAGAGCGAGCGAUGGUGGUCCAGCCCAGUGAUUGGGACGGCUGACUUGCUGCCCUCCAGCUGUGGCUUUUAACUUGGCCCAUUACCCCGACCGCUCCAUUCCGGAACACCAUACGAAAUUCCCAACUGUUCCCAACCAGUGAUGGGAAAGAGCAUUUGGAAAGGAGACCCAGCUGCCAGGUUCUUCUGAGGGGUGCUGUUAAAAGUUUCAGUACGGGAGGCAGGAAGAGAAGGAAUCUAAUUAUGUAAUUAAGGACAUUUAAGUCUCUUAUCCUAACUCAUAUCCAAAGCUCAGGCUUGUGCAGCUGUCUGUCUAGUGUCUACCAAUCUCUGUCUAACCCCGGGUCCCUUUCUCUCUCCCUCUCUAUUUUAAAUUGUACUCUCUCUCUCCCCCUUCAUUCUCUCAUCGUCUUACUCUCUUACUAAUCUUCUUCCCUAUCUUUCCCUGUCAUCUCCCUCUCUCUCUGCAUUUUCUUGACCACGCCAUCUCUCUAUCUCUCAUAUAAUUGUUGGGUGCUAGUUUAAUUUCCUGUGUGUGUGUGUUGUUUCCUGUCCUCCAGGGGUCAGUGUGGAGUGUUUGAGGCAUGGUUCCUGCUGGUGCAGUGUGCUAACUGGGUGGAGGUGGCCAGCCAGCUACUGGUCUCAGCCAGACCCCAGGACUGUGGCCCCCUGCUGUGGCUCCUCACCUUCUACCACCACCCUACCAACCAGGGGCACCACCGGACACAGCAGCUAGUAUGUACUGGCUGGCUGGAUGGAAGGGGUUACUGUUGUCAACUAGGAACACCUUCCUAAUAUUAGGUUUUGUAUACUCAGUGUAGAUGGCGUUGUCCUUACUGACCUGUCCUGGCUGGUCUCAGAAUAGCUCGGCCAAUAUAUAGAUAGAUGAAUAAUGGACUGAGGGAUGAAUAAUAGAUUGUUUCUCCAGGUUAGAAGGAGAAGGGAAAAAGAGGGGUAGAGAGGAGAAAGGGAGAAGGGUGAGGGAGGCUGAUAUGGUAUUGAUCCCACUCUGAGUGUGUCUGCCUGGCUGUCUCCUGUCUACCCUGAGGGACCUACACACACUGUGGUCAGAGAGAAGUUGAGGUAUAUAGAGGGCAUAACCUUUGGUUGACUUUGAAGGCAUUCUUUUACUCCCAUCCAUCCAGCCCUUGUCAUGGAAAAUGACAACAUUUGAACAAAUUGUAAGUCGCUCUGGAUAAGAGCGUCUGCUAAAUGAUGUAAAUGUAAAAUGACAAGACAGGCUUCCAGCUGAAGCUAGUUUCCUCCCGUUCCUUCUUUCUGUUUCCAGGUGGCAGCCAGAGCAGUCUGGGAUCACCUGAGGUCACUCUUCCUGCUCUCAGCUCCUCCUCUUCCUGCUGACCAACUGCAGUUAUUGGUUGAGCUGAUGUCAGCCGUCCCCCAGCAGCCGUCCCUGGACUCGCUAUUGGUCGCCAGCCUCCUGGUCAACUUUGCAGUUUUCUCCCACAACCCCCUGAGUGGUGCCAGGGAGAUAGUCCACAUGGUGAGCUCACAACAUUACCCCACUUGAUGCACACACACACACACACACACACACACACACACACACACACACACACACACACUCUAGGGCUGGGUGAUAUGGCCUAAAAAUCACAUCUUCAUUUUUUUCAAAUUUAUAGGCGAUUCACGAUAUACACUGAGUGUACAAAACAUUAAGAACAACUUCCUAAUAUUGAGUUGCACCCCCCCCUUUUGCCCUCAGAACAGCCUCAAUUCGUCAGGGCAUGGAUUCUACAAGGUGUCUAAAGCAUUCCACAGGGAUGCUGGCCCAUGUUGACUCCAACGCUUCCCACAGUUGUGUCAAAUUGGCUGGAUGUCCUUUGGGUGGUGGACCACUCUUGAUACACACUGGAAACUGUUGAGCGUGAAAAACCCAGCAGAGUUGCAGUUCUUGACACAAACUGGUGCGCCUGGGACCUACUACCAUACCCUGUUCAAAGGCACAAAUAUUUUGUCUUGCCCAUUCACCCUCUGAAUGGCACACAUACACAAUCAAUGUCUCUUGUUUAAGGCUUAAAAAUCCUUAUUUAAGCUGUCUCCCCCAUUAAUCUACACUGAUUAAAGUGGAUUUAACCAGUGACAUCAAUAAGGGAUCAUAGCUUUCACCUGGAUUCACCUGGUCAGUCUGUCAUGGAAAGAGCAGGUGUUCUUAAUAUUUUUGUACUCUCAGUGUAUAUCUAAAUAUUUUAAAACUUUUUCUCUAAAAAGCUUUGUUGCAUAAUUAAAGGUCAAGACCUUGCAUUUCAAACAGUCAGGAGUAAUCUAACAAAUUCAGAGCUUGUGAAGUUAUACCUAGGCUAAAUAUAAGCUAUCCACAACCAUAAGACCCACUAAUAAUUUAAUUAUGUAAUGAAAAUAGUCAAACCUACUUUUUUGCAAUAAUUACUGAUCUGGCUUUCAAGUCUGUCUAUGAAAAUGCCCUUUUUACAUUUACAUUUACAUUUUAGUCAUUUAGCAGACGCUCUUAUCCAGAGCGACUUACAGUUAGUGCAUACAUUAUUUUUUAUACUGGCCCCCCGUGGGAAAUGAACCCACAACCCUGGCGUUGCAAACGCCAUGCUCUACCAACUGAGCUACAUCCCUGCCGGCCAUUCCCUCCCCUACCCUGGACGACGCUGGGCCAAUUGUGCGCCGCCCCAUGGGUCUCCCGGUCGCGGCCGGCUACGACAGAGCCUGGAUUCGAACCAGGAUCUCUAGUGGCACAGCUAGCACUGCGAUGCAGUGCCUUAGACCACUGCGCCACUUACAAAUGUAACCAGAACCAUGCACAUCCACUAAUAAUGACUAACGUCUUGUAGCAGGAAUUAUAUGCUUAUUUCUCAGAAUGAGAACGAGUUGCCAAUUCCUGAUAUAAAUGCGUCUUUUCAUGCUCAUUGCACAUUUCUAAAACACAGACUAGACAGCUAGCACAUAACAGUAUGUGACAAAAAUGCUGCUAGCGGUACUGCAAUGCCGCACACGACAAACUGAGCAUUAAUUUCCCACAAUCAUGUUCAUUGAUACUCCCGUUUUAGUAGGGUCUGCUCUGUAAAGGGUAUCGUUAGAAGGGGAAUCCACCGAUUCUGUUGGACCAAACCUCAGAUGCAAAUAACGAGUUGAAACUGCUUGUCAGAGAUGAAGUGAUCUUUCAUCUUUGUUGUUGUGAGGGACUUGGUGUCUGUGUGCAAGUGGGAAGGUGCACAGUGCACACAGCACAGAAGAAGUGAAGGAGACUAGACCAAAAAGACAGACGCUCAUAAAAAAGCCAAAUAGAAAAAUACUUGAUUCUCGCGAUACAGGCAUCUGGAACAUCGCCCAGCCCUAACACUCACACUACACACACACACACACACUACACACACAGCAAAUAACCUGUUUUUUCUCUCCAUCCCUCUAUACUCAUGAUGGCGUCACUGUUAUGUGAACACAAUUUUCUGGCUCUAAUAUACCUGUGUAUAUCGUAUGUGAUGUGUGUUGCAGGUGGUGCAGCAGUCAGGGCUGGUCCGUGAAGCAGUGUGUGUUCUCAACAUGGUUGAGCUCAGACUAAACAGAGAGAGAUCUUCCUGCAGCCUCACUGACAGAGUUAAGCCCAGGACCAGGGCUCUUCACGACACACUCACACACAUGGCACAACACGACACACACACACACACACAUGGUACAACAUGACACACACACAGACACACAGCCACUAUGGCAGCGAUGGGAUACACACACAGCCGUGCCAGG